CAGUGCAGGAUUCCAGCGGAAACCAGAGCUGGGAGGGCUCUUCCUGCCCGGGGGAGGCUUCCCAGGAGUUUGAGGGAUUUACAGUCGUCACCUUUCGCUCCCCAUCCCCUGCUGUGUCGCACUGAAGGCCAUGUGCAGUGGCAAGCUGCAGACAGCUUUGCUGGUGGCCAGCUACUUUGUCUACCUGCUGGUGGGUGCUGCCGUGUUCCAGGCACUGGAGAGGACCGCCGAGAAGCAGGAGAAAAUGGCAGCUGCCCAGAUGAAGGAGGCUUUUCUGCAGAACUUCACGCAGCUCACGGUGGCAGAGAUGGAGCAGUUCAUGAAGAACCUGAUUGAAGCCAUUCAAAAUGGAGUAUACCCUGUUGGAAAUGAAUCACAGUUUGAAGAAAGCAACUGGGAUUUCAGUAACUCCUUCUUCUUUGCAGGCACAGUUGUCUCCACAAUAGGCUAUGGCACAUUACAUCCUAAAACUGCUGGGGGACAGAUCUUUUGUGUGUUUUUUGCUCUUUUUGGAAUCCCUCUGAACAUUGUUUUUCUGCACCGUGUCGGUAAGAUGCUCUCACUGCUCUGUACGAAGCUGGGGAAAUUCCUGUACGAGAAAGGAAUGAGAAAGAAGAAGAUCAAAUUUCUGACCCUUUUGUUCUUCCUGGCCACGGGGAUCCUGGUUUUUCUGUGCUUGCCAUCAGUCUUCUUCCAGAUAACAGAGGGCUGGUCCUACAGCGAAGGAAUUUACUUUGCAUUUAUCACCCUCAGCACCAUUGGCUUUGGAGAUUAUGUAGUAGGUAAACAGUCUGACAGGAAAUACUUUUCCUACUAUCGAGUGCUCGUGGCCAUUUGGAUUCUUUUUGGCCUUGCCUGGAUUGCUCUGCUGUUUAAUUUAUUGACAACAGUACUAGAAGACACUGAAAAAAUAAUUGUCAAGGAUCUCCAGCAAAUUGGAAAGGUGAGUAAGGACAAUGUAGGAAGCCAGCAAAGAAGAUGCUGGCCUGUUCAAUUCAUUCCAGAAGAAGAACUGCUACCACCACAUGCUGGAGGGGAUGCACAGAAAAUGGAGUCGUUAACAGCAGAUUCUGAACACACAAAAAAUGAAAAAGAAGUGUUUUAUAAUAACAAAACUAUUGCCAUAACAUGUGAGAAUUGAAUUCUUCAUUGGAGAAUUGCUAGUUAAUUAUUCUAAAGAAAUCCCCAUAGAAAUAAAAUUUCUCCUACCUUUUGCUGAGAUAUGACCUUUUAGAACUCAAGACUUACAGUUACACUAAGCCUGAAUAUUAAUGGUAAGAAAUUUGCUCCUCAGUUUGCAGCUCAGUUGUGCUAACAGCCUGAGAAGUGCACCUGCUUUGCAAGGUGUUUUUAAGGUGUUUUCACAAAAAUGCAGAGGAGGGGCAUGGAGGAGCUUGCUGGUUCUAUUUGGAUUUUGCAGCUUGCAAGAAACCAUGUCUCUUCCAGGAACUGACAUGCACAAGCUUUUUUGAGGCAUUGCAUAGCACCUUUGGAAGAAGAAAUAAGGGUGUAUAACUUAAUAGAUGCCUGACUUGAGCCAUCAUAUUGGAUAAGGUGUUAUGGUCUGAAAGACAUGUUUAAAUGACAUGGCCUGAGCUCAGUUCAGAGACGCCAGAAUCAUCUAAUGGACAGGGUUAUGAAAAGGUUAGCGUGUUAGAAAUGAUUGAUUCUACCACUUCCUGUUUUAUACUGAGAUGAAUAAAGGCAGUUUCAGCUUUUA